CAUUACCGGCUUAAGAGGUACCUACCUAAAGUACCUCCUACCUAACCUGACAUAGCCCCUCAGGUAUACCAAAAUUACCUCCUAAUACAUACUAGCUCUAUACCCAAUUCACCCCGUUUAUUGCCUGAUACAUGAGAUAAUACCCAGAGUAAAAUAUAUUUUAUUACUAUUACUAUUUCAAUAUACCCACCAUGCGGCUAGUUUGUGUUGGCGACGACGGGGAGAGUUUGGAUAUGGUGACUGCUAUUCAGCGGGAUCCUUACGUAGUUCGUGGAUUAUUGGUGGACGCGAUCAUUCAGUGUCAGCAGAGUAUCUCAGACACGUUAGAUUUCAUCCACGCCGAACGGGCCGUACGUGAUGCCCUACUUGCUUUUCAAGGAACCCAGGAUAGGUAUGCACGCGCAUAUGUGCUCAGUCGAACACUCGAUCAUCGAAAUAGAAACACACCGAGGGCAGAUCUCAUCAGCUUGGCCUUCGGUCGUGGCGGUCCGCUUUCUCUCGUGGGUAUCUUCAACGCCACUAGCGAUGCUCAUCGCAACCCCCAUAGCCGCGAAAUACUAGAUUACUUUCUAAAAACGGCGUCCCACGAGUCACAACUGCAGCUCAUCACGAGGGCAAGCACAUUCCCCUGCCACCCGUCGAUGAGUGAAUGGUUGAGUCAAAUCCUAGAUAAGCUAGCACCUAACCCUCAAAACCUCGCUUGUGUUUUACGAUGCUUGGGCACGUCAUGCAUACCUAAUAUUGUGUUCCAUCGUAUGCAGGCGCCAUCGUUGUCGUGGGGUGAAGAUGGAGAAGUCGCCGAGACCAGUCCGCCGAUCAAUACGGUUGCCGAUGAGGGCAAGCUAAUGCCUGCUCUUCAACGCCUAGAACAUGUUGGGUUCGUACGAGUGUCGGAGAAGACCGUAGAUCUUGAUCGUCGUAUUUCAGAACUAUUACGCGCACGCUUGGAGCGGACUAGAUGGAUCGCUGAGGCUAUCCGGAUUAUGGCACAUUCGUUUCCCAAGUAUCCACUACUCCCACCCGGGAAUUAUGAUAACGUUGCUCAUCUAGUAACUGAUGCAUCAACGAAAUGUAACUAUGUUGGUGAUUGUGAGACCCUCCAGCGUCAAUUGGAGAGUGUGUUCUCCUAUCUUGGCCCCCUGCAGCUCGAGACGUUAGUGGAUGGGUCAUGUCUUGUGCAGCUAGUUGAGACAUGCUUGUCCACUUCGUAUUUCGGUAACAAAUCGUGGAAAUACACUGCGAUGGAAAUUGCUGCCCGGGCCGUGAAGGGGGCGGAAGGAUUGCCAUACGGCGCGGUCCUGGCGGCUAGGGUCCAGGUAAGGAGAGCAACCUUGGCUGACCUAUACGAGGAGGCGAGUCAGUCACACGAGACUAUCACAUUCCCUAUAUCUGAUCAUCGUUCCAACGCAUUCUCAGCUGACCUUGCAAUCCUGAAGGCCCGAGGUUGCAUCCGUCUCAAUGCAUUGGCAUCUGCGCUAAGGUAUUUGGCAUCAUUCAAGUCUUCGUGGGGUGGGGUGGUGUCAUCCUUGGGGUUGGUACAGGAAAGUAAGGUAGCAUUAAUGCGUGCUAGAAUCCUUCGAUUUGAAGGCCGAUUUCAAGAAAGCUACGAUCUCUUGAGAUCGUUACGGCUCACCGACAAUAAGGUAGUAUCGCUUCUUGGCACAAUACUAUGUGAACUCCAAAGGUGCGAGGAAGGGAUCGAGCUAUUGGAUGCUCAGGUCAAGAAUAGAACGGAUUUGAGAGGCAUGAAACGAGUGAAAAUUGCUCUAGGAAAUGCAUACCUCAUCUGGUCCAUGCAGAAGUCAUUACAGGGGCUUCCGUUGGACUGGCGUUCGCUACAGAUAGCCCAAGACAUUUUUCAAGAACUGGCUCAUUCUGCGGCGGUAGCUACGUACUUUGACAAAAUCGACCACCUAUCUAUCCUAUUUGGGCUUGCUAUCGUUCAUCAUAUGAACGGGCGAGUGGAUUCCGCGUUAGCCGCGUGGGAAAAAGCCCUUACUACCUCACGGGCAUAUCUCAAUACCGGCUAUACCGAUAUGAUCAUCUCCUGCUCCAACAGCGAGCUUGAAGCUAGACGAGGUGCCAUGGCGCAAGCAAACGCCCAGGGGGAUUACGCGGAAACCCUAUUUGCUAGGACGGGCCGACAACAUCACUUUGCAGGUCUCGGAUCCGUCUGGCCCGAUCUCAUCAGUAAGUGGUUAGUUUCACAUGGCCGAAAAGCGAUAAUUCCUCCUUAGUAGCACGGCUAGGGCGGUAUCUAUUAAGCAGCGUGAUUACCCAACAGCAGAAUCUGAUGGCACGAGGACAAGAAUUGGCUCGGGAUGGCCAGCAUACGUGUUAAUGUGACCUAUUCAAUAUGGAUAGACAUACACCUAGUAUCUAGUCUAUAGGUACCUCUUAUUAAGAGAAAUCAGUUGAUUCCGUACAGAUACAUUCAUAGUUCGUUCAAAAUCGGACCGAAGCCACCCAUCUAUCCAUAGGAGGGCCGGGAAGUACAGGUAUUAUUAUGCCUACAUCAAGGAAGUUGGUGAGAAUCGCCAACUUGCAUGCUUCUGACUAUCUACCUACCUAAAUUAUCCCUUCGCCCGAUCACACUAGCCAUUUUUCAAGGUAUAGUUUAAACUCCUCGACCCAAUCAUUACCUAUUUCUAUG